UGGAGGGGUGGUGAGUCUCCCAGCCUUUCUGAACCACCUAGCUCAGGUAAGCCUGGUGGGACUGGGGAGCCAGAGGCCUGGGUCUGAGCCCUGUACAUCUCUACAGGUAGUGUCUCUGUGUCCUCCAUUUCUUCCUGGGCCUCAGUUUUUCCAUAUGUACAUCAUGUACAGUCUACCACUAAGAAACCUUAGAAUUGGAUGGAGGGAGAGGGUAAGGAAGCCAUGCAUGCCCUUGACCAGAAAGGGUGGGUUGGGGGUGGUACUAGAAUUUGAGAGGGGUGUAUUCUUACUGGGUGCCUCCUGUUAGGAUUCAGCAUUCCACCCCCCCCCCAACUCCCAUGCAUGCUCAUGUCUGGCCUGGCCCUGCCCUCACACACUCUUCGUCACUUCCAGGAUGAAGCCCAGAUUCCCUAGCCUGGGAGCAGAGGCCACCAGAGCAGACUCCCAGCCUCAACUGCAGCCCUUUCUCCCACUCACCUCACCAGACAUCUUAACUUCUAGCCUUCCUGCCAGGCAGUGUGACUCAGUUUCCUAGGGCUAGAGAUCCCUUUGGGGCCACAGACCUGGAAGGGUCCUAGAGUAGUGUCUGCCAAUCUGGGACUGUAUGUUGCAUCCUGAGGGGCCCCAGACUGCUUUGAGAGGUAAGAGAGGCUGAAGGCCAGGUCCCCAUACCCAGAGCAGCUCCCCUCCACCUGGUUAUCCUUUUCAGGGAGUACCAAAAUAGUUUGAAAAGCUCUGAUCUAGUUGGAUCCCCCAAUUCAUGGAGGAGAUGACUGAGGCCCAGAGAGGAGCAGGCCUCUGCACAAGCUGGGGCAUGGCCACAGCCGAAUAGCUGCAUGGAUGCUCAGAAGGGGGUCCUGUGGGAGCAGAUGAGAUGUGGGUUGUCGGUCUCGGGUGGGGAGCAGCUGCCAGGCCCAUGUUAGAGGGGGAAGUAGCAUGAGGUGGAGAGGGCAGAGAGUCCUGGGUGUGGCAUGGUUUGGGGUGGGCACCCUAGUGGGUGUGAGUGUGGGGGAUCUGGUGUUCAAGGCCUCCCAGCUGCAAGUUAUUUACUGCAGGUCUCCAGCUUGCCCUGAUCUGGUUCCUGGUCUGUACCUCCCAUCCUGACAGUACCUCCCAACCUUAAGCCAGUGUCAUCAUCAAUCAGCUCUGGCCCCAGCUGACUGACUGCCAGCUGAGGGUAGGAAGGUCACCCCACAAAGGACUUUCAUUCCAUCAGUUUUUGGAGAUAAGAAUGAGGGACAGGUGGGCCCAGUCCCACGUGCUGCACCCCUGACCCCCUGGCUGGGCUCUUCUGGUCUGCCUGAGCUGGCUGGGAGCAGCCUGCCCCCACCCAAGGCUGCUGCAGGGGCCAGCAGAGCAGCUGGUGGCUUCCUUUCCUACCCCUCACUCCCAAGGCCUUGCCCUCCUGGUGCAACAGUAGCAGGAAGGGUGGGGCAGGAAUGCCUGGGCUGGGGCACUGAGCCAGAGUUCUGAGGCACCCACCCCAGACAGCCCCAGAGCCAGUUCCCUGGGAAUUGUUGACUCUGUCAGGGGCUUGGAAUACCCUUUGGUGUCCUGGGGGCUGGGUGGGGAGGAAUGAGCCCUUUCCUGUUUGCCCUUUUGGGUCUGCCUGUGUCACCUGCCCAUCACUGGCUGCCUCAUUUAUAUUACCGCCCUACCUGGGUCAGCUAAUGCCAGAGUCUCAAGAGUUUCAGAGCCAAGGAGAGGCAGAGCCUGUGGGUCUUGGACUCAAAGACCCUCUAACUCUCAACCCUGAGACAUCUGGUCAGAUUAUCUGGGUAGAUGAUCUUUGCCAGGUGAGGGCAUGCGCCCCAGGUCUGGUGGGGGAGGCCUGUGUCUGACUGGAGGCUACAGCUUGACUGUGGGGGUGGGGUUGAGCCCAGGCCCCUUGCUGCUCCUUCCUCCAGUCAGGAGGCCCAAUUGCCAGGUGAUCCCUGCUUGCUUGAAGGGUCCCUUGUUCCAGGGCAGGAAGUCCAAAGGUGUAAGCCCACCUGCCCACUCCCACAGCCCCCACCUCUUAAGUAGGAUCCAUCCAGCAAGGUCAGUCGGGUUGGGGUGGGGCAUGGUGGUUCUGGCUCUUGUACAUUGACCUCACCCUCUCACUGCUUGGCAUCUCCUGUACCUGUCACCAAGUCCAUCUCCCCAGGUCUGACUUUGGAUCCCACCAUGCCUUUGCUGUAAGGUCCUCCAUGGCAACUCUGUCAGCCACUUAGGCUGCUCUUAGGCCACCUGCAAAGCCUGGGCCUGUAUGCUGGGGUGUCUUUUGUUCUCAUGAUUCCCCACCUGCAUGCCUGUCCUCCUCUCUGCCUCUUUAUUUCUUGUGCAUUGCUUAUGGCUCCAGCAGGAAACCCCUGCUGUUCUCCCAAACCUUUCCUUGUUUACACAGGUAGGGUAAGCAGGAAGGGUGGGGCAGGAAUGCCUAUGAGAAAAAGGCUCUUGGCUCCUCUGACAGUGUGUCCUUGUUUCCAGAGGCUCAGUGGAGAGGGGGUAGGUCAGAGUGCCGCUAGAUUCUAGCCUGAGCCCUUCAGAGCCAUGGCAGGUGUUUGAGAGCAUGGGGAUAAGCAGGCCAGAAGUGGGCUGGAGGCGCAUCUGCCUUUUGGGUAAAAAGGACGCCUCCCUUGGCAGUUCUGUUCUGAGUCUUCUCUCCCACUUCUUUAAGCUCCCCUCCGCUGGGCCCAGGUGCAGAGCUGGCCAGGGGUCAGUAGCCAGUCCAAGAACUCCUCUCUGAGGCUCCCUGGGCUCCCUGCUCAGUUCUGACGGGGGCUAGACGUGGGCCUUCCUUCUGGGCACACAGCCCGGGUCUGUGGGCACUCGCCCCGCUCCCAGUGGUGCUGUCUCACCCUGAUCUGUGCCCCAUUCACAGGCCCUGAGUGUAGUGCCCUGGCCAUGUGCAGCCCUGAGGAGGCGACCCUCCUGCGGCUAGAGGAGGUCUUUUUGGCCACCCUUGCCCGCAUCAGCAGCCUUGUGCUCCAGCCCCUGCUCAAGGCCGGUACAUCGAGUCCUACACGAACUGCAUGGUGGUGCAGGCCUUUCAGAAAGCAGCAAAGAGGAGGAGGGUGAUUCAGGCACUAUUACUUACCCGCGAGUACUGGAGGGACCAGCAGAAGGCACUGCGGCAACUCCUGUCGGGCGUGGGCUCAGAGGGCCCGGUGGGCACAGCGCUGGUCCAGUCCCUCUGCCAGCCACUCUCCCAUCAUGUGCAACAAUAUGUGCUCCUCCUCCUGAGCCUCAGGGACACCAUUGGGAAGCAUCAUCCCACCUGGGAGCUGGUGGUGCAUGCAGCCACCCUAUUUGAGAACCUACAGUCCUUCAUGAGGCAGGCGCUGGACCAGGCCUUGGCCACGCAGGCCCUCUGGCACACCCUGAGCAGCCGGCAAAGAGAUGUGCUCUGCACCCCUGCUCGCCGACUCUUGCAAGACAGUCAGGACAUACCCGUGACAGUCACUCCACUGCGGGCAGAGCGUGUGCUGCUCUUUGAUGAUGCCCUGGUCCUGCUGCAGGGCCACAAUAUCUCCACCUUUGAUCUGAAGCUGAUGUGGGUAGAUCCUGCACAGGACAGGUGCACGUUUCACCUCCUCACGCCCGAGGAAGAGUUCUCCCUUUGCACCAAUGACCCCCAAGGUCAGGUGGUCUGGCAGUGGAAGAUGACCCAGGCUGUGUGCCAGGCCCUGCGUGGGAAGAAGGGCUUCCCAGUGCUGGGGGCGGGCCUGGAGCCCUCCGAACCCCCCACCUGCCGCUGUGUAGCAUACACCUUCUGUGCUGAGGGUCGGCUCUGCCAGGCCACCUAUGAGGGCGAGUGGUGCUGGGGAAGGCCCCAUGGCAGAGGAACCCUGAAGUGGCCAGAUGGGCGGCAUCAUGUGGGAGAGUUCUGCCAGGGCCUGGAGCAUGGCUUUGGCAUCCACCUGGUGCCACAGGCCUCUGAGGACAAGUUUGACUGUUACAAAUGCCACUGGUGGAAAGGUAGCAUGUGUGGCUAUGGCAUCUGUGAGUACAGCACCGAUGAGGUGUACAAAGGCUACUUCUGGGAGGGCCUGCGGCAUGGAUUUGGGGUCCUUGAGAGCGCCCCACAGGCCCCUCAGCUCUGCAAGUACACAGGUCACUGGGAAAGGGGUCAGAGGAGCGGCUAUGGCAUCGAGGAGGACGGGGACAGGGGUGAACGCUAUAUUGGCAUGUGGCAGGCUGACCAGCGCCAUGGCACAGGGGUCCUUGUCACCCAGGCGGGCAUCUGCUAUCAGGGCACCUUCCAGGCAGACAAGAUAGUGGGCCCUGGGAUCCUCCUCUCUGAAGACGACUCCUUGUACGAAGGCACCUUUACCAGACACCUGACCCUUGUCGGGAAGGGCAAGGUCACCUUCCCCAAUGGCUUCACCCUGGAGGGCUCUUUUGGCAGUGGGGCAGGCAGAGGACUGCAUACACAGGGCGUGCUGGACACAGCUGCCCUCCCACCAGACCCAAGCAGCACCCGCAGGAGGCAGCUGGGUCUGGGUGCCUUUCCCAUGGAGAGCCGCUGGCAGGGCGUCUACGGCCCCUUCCAGGACUUUGUGCGUGCUGGCUGCCCGGGGGACCUUCAGGAGGCCCUGCUGGGCUUCCAUGUGCAGAACUCAAGGGAGCUGCGCAAGUCCCAGGAGUACCUGUGCUGUGAGAGGACUCAGCCUGAGGAUGGUGUGGGCAAAAUAGAAGAUAUCCUAGACGACCUGCUACUGAACCGGGAACCCAAAGCCCUGCAGCAGUGCCUCAGGAAGGCUCUGAGCAAUGCGCUGCACCCCCUUGGAAAGCUGCUCCGGAUGCUGAUGCUCACCUUCCAGGCCACGUAUGCAGGCAUUGGGGCCAACAAGCACCUGCAGGGGCUAGCCCAGGAGGAGGUGAAGCAGCAUGCCCAGGAACUCUGGGCUGCCUACAGGGGUCUGCUGCAAGUUGCCUUACAGCGCAAGGGCCAGGCCCCAGAGAAAGGUGAAGAUGUGGAGACGAGGGACCUGCAGGUGCAUGCAUUGGUGCUGCCCCUCGUGCUGCCCAGCUUCUACUCAGAGCUCUUCACUCUCUACCUACUUCUUCAUGAGAGGGAGGACAGUCUCUACAGCCAGGGCAUCAUCAACCUCAGCCUCUUCCCUGACACCAAGCUACUUGAGUUCCUCGAUGUGCAGAAGCACCUGUGGCCACUCAAAGACAUCAAACUGUCGACCAAUCAGGGCUGUGCUGAAUCAGUGAUGGAGAAGAGAGAUACUCCCUGGUCAGGGAUAAGUGCUUCCUGUCAGCCACUGAAUGUCUGCAGAAGAUCAUCACCACAGUGGACCCCCAGGAGAAGCUGGAGGUGCUGGAGAGGACAUACGGGGAAAUUGAGACCACUGUGUCACGGGUGCUGGGCCAGGAGCACAAGCUGCCCAUGGAUGACCUGCUGCCACUGCUCAUCUACGUGGUGUCACGUGCCCAUCCUGUUACGAGCACAUCCAGAAGGAAGACAUGAGGCUGCACCUCUUGCCCAUCCGCUGGGAUUCCAGGGAACACUCGUAGCUCAGCCUUUCUUGGACAAACUGCAGAACGGAGAGGGCGGCCCUGGACUUCGUCGGAGCGAGCAUGGCCCGUGGGCCAGAGAGCAGGAUGGGCCCCCGGAGGCAGCUGUUGGAGGAAAUGGGUGUACAGUCUCAGGCAGACGCUGCUGCUGCUUGGGGUGGGGGUGAGGGUGAGGGUGACAGGCAUACCCCUCCCCCGUCACCAGGUGUUCCCAGAUGACCUUGACUUGCAGCAGCUCACAGGCUGGGGGCAAGGAGCCCUGGCUUUUCCUUGCCUGAACCUUGCUCCCAAGUUACCAAGGCUCUUUGGGCCUCAGUAUUGCAAUCUAUAAAAUAGUGGACAGGAUGGUCUGUCAAGGAUCAUCCCCUCCUCCCCCUCAA